UGAGAAAGAAAGAAAGAAAGAAAGAGGAAAAAGAAAGAAUGGGAAUCUUCUUGUUUGUGUCAUGUUGAUUGUUUCGGUUCACGGGGGGAGAUCUUUGAGGCCGGUAUCGAUGGCAAAACCUCAAGCAGAUUUGCAUGUGAAAUCCUGGAGUGUUUCGUAAUUCUAAAGCGCGUGUGGAGGCAGGCAGGGAAGUGUGUAAAAAAGCCGUGCGGAAAAGUUCGGUUAGAGCUCUCGGUCCAGCCUUCCCCACCACCACUACCACCUCCCCCCCCUUCCCGGUUUUUUUUGUUUGUUUUUUUGUUCUUCAUCUUAAGACUGUGGGAAUUUAUUUGCCGGCUCAAAGUUAAUGUCACCCGGUGUGGCUCCGAGUCGAGGAGGAAACCGGUGAGUCAAUUCGGAAUGAGAGACAGAAGCCCCAUGGAGGACAGCUCUUCGGAGUCUGAGGUGGAAAACAAAGGGACGGGCGACGAAAACGAGGCGACCGCGUCGUCUGAUGAAUUUUCACCCACUUCAGAGGACCGCCACGAUGGCACCAGCAACGGGACAGCCAGGUUACCUCAGCUGGGCGGCGUGGGUCAGAGUCCCUACACGAGCGCCCCUCCGCUCUCCCACACGCCGAACUCGGACUUCCAGCCCCCGUACUUCCCCCCACCCUACCAGCCCAUCUACCCGCAGUCUCAGGACCCGUACUCGCACGUCAACGACCCGUACUCCCUGAACUCGCUGCACGCCCAGCCGCAGUCGCAGCACCCGGGCUGGCCGGGCCAGAGGCAGGGUCAGGAGAGCGGCCUGCUGCACCAGCACCGCAGCCUGCCCCACCAGCUGUGCCGGGAGUACCGCAGGGAGGUGCUCCUACCGUCCGGCCACGGCAUCGACACGGGACUGUCGGACUCUAUCCCCAUCCAUGGAAUACCUCACCCUUUAGAUGACGUUCAGCCUGUUGAGGAUCAAGGAAUACACAUUCCCGACCAGACUGUAAUUAAAAAAGGUCCCGUGUCUUUAUCCAAGAACAACAGCGUCUCCGCCAUCCCCGUAAAUAAGGACGGUCUUUUCGGAGGAGUGGUCAACCCGAACGAGGUGUUCUGCUCGGUUCCGGGUCGCCUGUCCCUCCUCAGCUCCACUUCAAAGUACAAGGUCACGGUGGCUGAGGUGCAGAGACGCCUCUCGCCACCCGAGUGCCUCAACGCCUCUCUGCUGGGCGGGGUGCUGAGAAGGGCCAAGUCUAAGAACGGAGGUAGAUCCUUAAGGGAGAAGUUGGAUAAAAUCGGUUUGAAUCUACCUGCGGGCAGACGCAAGGCAGCCAACGUCACCUUGCUGACGUCACUAGUCGAAGGCGAAGCGGUGCAUCUUGCCAGGGACUUUGGUUAUGUAUGCGAGACUGAGUUUCCAGCCAAGGCAGUAGCUGAAUAUGUAAACCGUCAGCAUUCCGACCCAAACGAACAAGUCCAAAGAAAAAACAUGCUGUUGGCCACGAAGCAAGUUUGCAAAGAGUUCACAGACCUGCUGUCCCAAGACCGCUCGCCCCUGGGAAACUCCCGGCCGCAGCCCAUCCUCGAACCGGGAAUCCAAAGCUGUUUGACCCACUUUAGUCUCAUCUCGCACGGUUUCGGGACCCCGGCGCUGUGCGCGGCCGUCACGGCCCUCCAGAACUAUCUGACCGAGGCUAUUAAAGCCAUGGACAAAAUGUACCUCAACAACAACCCCAACAGUCACUCAGAUAACGGCACUAAAGGCGGGGACAAAGAUGAGAAGCACAGAAAGUGAUGUUUCCUCUUCACCUCACCUUUCUGCCCGAGGGGGCCAAAAUGCCAGGGGCCCUUCUUCUGCACCGACCUAUACAGUCUCCCCUCGCCCCGCCCCCUAACCAUCCAAUAUAAAUAUUAUAAAUACCUUAUAAAUAUUAUUGAUAAAGUUAAACGUGCCACUUCCUGAUCUGAUCUUGCGCCGAUUUUACAUGUGUCUUGUUUUUACAUCCCACUUUGGAUUCAAACGGGAAGCGACGCAAAGAAUCUUCUUCUUCUCCUUCUUCUUCCAACACCUGGACGAUAUGAAACGUUAUUUAAAAAAAAAAAAAAAAAAAAAGAAGAAAAAAAAUACGAAAAGAGGAAAAGAGGCUGCAGAGGAACAGCUCCAGGGCGAGGGGAAAGGUGGACUGCCUCUGCCAGAAGACUUUUUAUGUACCACCACCCCUCCUGUUUUUCUUUUUCUUUUUUUUUAUGAGCUGCAACGAAUGGACUGAAAUCCAGCGACCCCCUUCUCUAUAUCUCACUUUUACGAUUGUGACGAGAGAAAAAAAAAUGAAGCUAAAAGAGGAUGAAUUCUUAUCAGUAUUGUGAAUAAUAAACUUGAAAAAGCAAAGAGAAAAUCCACAGCUCUCCAUGUCAUGACUUCAGUUGUAGACUCCCCUCUCUCUCUCUCUCUCUCUCUCUCUCUCUCUCUUUCUCUCUUUCUCCGAGCGACCAACUUGAACUAUUUUUUUGUUUUGUUUUUUUGUUUUGUUUGUUUGAAUUUCAACACGAUUCGCGGUUAUAUAAGGGAAUCAGUGUUCAUGUAUGUAUAUAUUUAUUUAUGUGUAAUUUAAUGGGAAUUGUAAAUAUGGUGCGUCUGUUGAAACUUCUUUUUUUUUAUUUAUCUGGUGCCUCCUGUUUUAGUGGGUUUUGAAUAUUCGGUUAGUUCUUCAUGUGAUUUUAUGGUUCUAGAAAAACAGAAGUUUUGGGGUAAUUUUUUUUAUUAUAAUUAUUAUUAUUAUUAUUAAUAAUUAUUAUUAUUUUAUUUCUCUGGGAUAUUUCAAUUCAGCCCUCUUGUAGCAUGUUGAGGUGACACUGAAGCAAGUGAACAAAUUUUAAUAGAAAUAAACUUCCAAUUUCUCUCAAUAUAUAUCAACCUAUUCAGUUUUUCUUCUUCGUUUUAUAUUUGACCCCGAGGAAAGAAGAAAAAAAAAACUUUAUUUUGUGUGUCUAAUUUGCGUUUUUAUACAAGCUUCUAUGUGUUGUGCCAAUCAGAAUACGUUUCACCUCUUGUUCUCUUCUUGAAGCACCAUAAAAGCAAUAAAUUGAAUAUUGUCUUUUUCAUCCUCCUCCCCCCCUACUUCCCCCCAGUGUUCAAAAAGACAUUCAGAAACAUUUUUCUUUUAUUAUUUCUUGGGACCACCUGCUAUCUUGUUAUAUGUCCGAUUAUGUCCAAAAUUGGAGGCGGUUUUAGCUGUAUUGUAUAGACAUGUGCUGGCAAUAGUUCCUAUGCCUGUCAAUGUAUUAUAGUCCUUUGUUGCCCAGAAAAAAAUAAAUAUUUGAUACGCUUCA